GGGCCCCAGGAGUCUCGGGGUCAUGGGGCGGGAGUGGCUGCUGUGUGUGUUACUCGUCCUUGGAACGGCCCUCAUCCAGGCUCACGAGGGGCAGGAAGAUGAUAUGGUCGACAUCGAGGACGACCUUGAUGACGUCAUUGAGGAGGUGGAAGACUCAAGACCCAAACCAGAUGCCAGCUCUCCUCCCCCAUCUCCAAAGGUUACCUACAAAGCCCCAGUCCCGACGGGGGACGUGUACUUCGCAGACUCCUUCGACAGAGGGACCCUGUCGGGGUGGAUCUUAUCCAAAGCCAAGAAAGAUGACACCGAUGAUGAAAUUGCCAAAUACGAUGGGAAGUGGGAGGUGGACGAGAUGAAGGACACCAAGCUUCCAGGGGACAAAGGGCUGGUGCUCCUGUCGCGGGCCAAGCACCACGCCAUCUCCGCCCAGCUGAGCAAGCCCUUCGUGUUCGACGCCACGCCUCUCAUUGUUCAGUACGAGGUUAACUUCCAAAAUGGAAUAGAAUGUGGGGGUGCCUACGUGAAACUGCUUUCCAAAACACCAGAACUCAGCCUGGACCAGUUCCAUGACAAGACCCCUUACACGAUUAUGUUCGGGCCCGAUAAAUGUGGAGAGGACUAUAAACUGCACUUCAUCUUCCGCCACAAAAACCCCAAAACGGGCGUGUAUGAGGAAAAGCAUGCCAAGAGGCCCGAUGCAGAUCUGAAGACCUACUUCACGGACAAGAAGACGCACCUGUACACACUGGUCUUGAAUCCGGAUAACAGCUUCGAAAUAUUAGUCGACCAGUCUGUUGUGAACAGUGGAAAUCUACUAAAUGACAUGACCCCUGCUGUGAAUCCUUCACGUGAAAUUGAGGACCCAGAAGACCGGAAGCCUGAGGACUGGGAUGAAAGACCAAAAAUCCCAGACCCGGAUGCCGCCAAGCCCGAUGACUGGGAUGAGGAUGCCCCUGCUAAGAUUCCAGAUGAAGAGGCCACAAAGCCUGACGGCUGGCUGGACGGCGAGCCCGAGUACGUGCCCGACCCGGAUGCAGAGAGGCCAGACGAUUGGGACGAGGACAUGGAUGGCGAGUGGGAGGCUCCUCAGAUCGCCAACCCUAAGUGCGAGUCGGCCCCUGGCUGUGGAGUCUGGCAGCGACCUAUGAUCGACAACCCCAGUUACAAGGGCAAAUGGAAACCCCCCAUGAUUGACAACCCUAACUACCAGGGUAUCUGGAAACCCAGGAAAAUACCCAAUCCAGAUUUCUUUGAGGACCUGGAGCCUUUCAGAAUGACUCCUUUCAGUGCUAUCGGUUUGGAACUGUGGUCCAUGACCUCUGACAUCUUUUUUGACAACUUCAUCAUUUGCGGUGAUCGAAGAGUCGUUGACGACUGGGCCAACGAUGGAUGGGGCCUGAAGAAAGCUGCCGACGGGGCUGCCGAGCCAGGCGUGGUGGAGCAGAUGCUCGAGGCGGCUGAGGAGCGCCCGUGGCUCUGGGUGGUCUACAUUCUGACCGUCGCCCUGCCGGUGUUCCUUGUCAUCCUCUUCUGCUGUUCUGGAAAGAAACAGCCCAGUGCCGCAGAGUACAAGAAGACCGACGCUCCUCAGCCAGAUGCGAAGGAGGAAGAGGAGGAGAAGGAGGAGGAAAAGGACAAGGCGGACGAGGAGGAGGAAGGCGAAGAGAAGCUUGAAGAGAAACAGAAAAGUGAUGCUGAGGACGAUGGUGGCACUGCCAGUCAAGAGGAGGAAGACAGAAAACCUAAACCAGAGGAGGAUGAAAUUUUGAACAGAUCACCACGAAACAGAAAGCCACGAAGAGAGUGAAACAAUCUUAAGAACUUGAUCUGUGAUCUCCUCUCCCUCCCCUGCCCUGCAAGUGUGGUUCUAGAGAGGGCCUGGCACACUCUAGGCUGCAGCUCAGAAAACCUCAAGCCGUCACAUCACAGGUUCCAGCCGAACACUAGUCCCUGUAGUUUUAAACACCUAGCAGUACAUAACUGCAGUUGUGACAUAAAGGACCUUGUUUCUGUAGAAAAGAAAACAUUUAACAUAAUGGUUGUGAAAUGUAACAUUAA